AGCCAAUCUGACUUGCAGCAUAAAUGCAAGUCUUCCAAUCCUAAAUCUGGAUGUUAUUGGUCCAUGCCUGUACUAGUGCACGCCGAAAUUCUCUUCUUCAUCAUAUAUUCCCGAGAGUCUUUCUCAAAAGACUUUGGUCCUCUGCCAGUCCCACGCAUAAAAUCUGCAUGAGAACAUCAUCCGCGCAGGAGAAGUAGCUGUGACUUCAUUUCAUCAGAUAUGGGUAGUUUGAAACUGCAGACAAUUACCUACAAAAAAGUCGGCCAGCUUCAUAUACAGCUGGAUCUGAGACUCCCUCCUAAUGCUUAUAAACUACCAGUCCUUCUUUGGUUCCACGGUGGUGGCCAUCUCCAGGGCCGACGAGAUACGCACAUUCCGCCGCAUAUGAUCCGCGGUGUAACAAAAUACAACUAUGCAUUCGUCUCGGCCGAUUAUAGAUUAGCCCCUCAAGUAGGCGUCCAAGAUAUUUUUGAGGAUGUCCGAGACUGUAUAGCCUUCAUCCGAACUGAGCUAGCUAAGCACACGGGCCCCGGUGUCCUGGAUACCCACCGCCUAGCAGUCUCAGGAAGCUCAGCUGGCGGUUACCUAUCACUUCUUUCUGGCCUGUAUGUCAGCCCUAAACCAAAGGUCAUACUUUGCAUCUACCCAAUCACGGACCCCCUGGGGAGUUUCUUCACUACCUCCCAACUUCACACCCUGGGCGCAGCACGCACUGACCCGCUUGCUAACAGCGCACCCGGCGACGAGAGCAGCCGGAACAAAAUGUACAACUAUAUGCUGGAGAAAGCUAACCUCGCCGCUCUCCUACGUAUCCGGUCCGGAGACGAGUUCCGCAUUGCGAGGAGCAUCUUUCAGUGUGGCCUACCGCCAACAUAUAUUGUGCAUCCGGAUGGAGACCAAGACGUUGGCGUUGAUCAGAGUGAUGAAGUAGUUGGUGUGAUGGUGGGGUUAAAUAUGGAGGUAGGCUACAAACGUGUGCAUGGCCUAUCUCAUUUCUUUGAUCUCGAUGAGCAAGUCCAGUUGGAGGAUAUGUACGAGUUUUUGCUUAAGCAUCUUUGA